AUGACCAGUUUUGCCGGUCCGCCGCACAAUAAAAGGCAGAAGAAGGAUGUGUCUCUGUCGUCGUCGUCUAGCUUAUCGUUGCUGCCACACGAUGUUGCUCUGAACUGCUUGUCCCGCCUCUCGAGAUUGGACAGUGCCGUCUUGUCUCUGACCUCCAAGAGCUACAGCUCUCUCGUGGUGUCGCCUGACUUCUGCCGCACGCGUGAGUUGAUGGGUUGUACAGAGGAGUACUGGUAUGUUUGCUUAAGCAUCCCUCCUGACCCAACUCCACGCUGGUUCAUCCUCCGCCGUGGAGGGCCCACACUAGAUGACGUGGCCUUCGCCGCCAAGAAGUCUGUGAAUUGGUUGCUGAGACCGAUCCCAUCGUACCCUUAUCAGCCUCCGGAAUCAUCCUCAUUCGUGGGGCUGAAUUUUGGUAUCUAUGUAAUCGGUGGAAUCGUACAGGGGAACCCCACUUCGGAUGUCUUGCUCCUGGAUUGUGUCUCUCACUCGUGGCGCCGCAUCCAGUCCAUGAAAGUAGCUCGUGCUUCCGCAGCCGCAAACGUGGUAGACGGGAAGAUUUACGGGUUUGGAGGCUGCCAGGAGGUAAAUUCCCCCAACUGGGCAGAGGUGUUCGAUCCAAAGACCCAAACUUGGGACAGCUUGCCAUUACCUAAGGAUCCGGAUAUACGCAGGAACACAAGUGUGAUCGACAGAAGUGUGGUGAUGGAAGAUAAAAUUUAUGCGGUGGACGAAGAGGAUCAAAGCUUUUACUACCUGCCACGUGAAGGUAUAUGGAGAAGAGGUAAUCGGGAUUCUAAGCCAGGAAACAGAAAAAACUGGUGUGCCAUAGGGAAAUUGUUAUACUGUUGUGGUACUCGCGGGCAAAUAAUGUGGUGUGAGCCAAAUGAGUUGGAGCGUUGUGGGGCAGAGGAGUUGAAUUGGGGGGAGGUUGAGGGUUUGGGUAUUUUGCAGUGGUGUGAAUUUGGUUUAAAAGCAAAAAAUCGUGCUAUGGACGAGACUCUCGCCUGGGAGCUCCACUGGACCGUAAAUGGUUUUAGCAGACUGAGCAGCAACUCUCGUGGGAACAUUGUCGCCUUCUGGAAGGUGCUUAUCCCUUGUACUAAUAAGUUGGAGCUUUGGUGUGCGGAGAUUUCCAUGGAGAGAAGGCAGGGAGGCGAGAUUUGGGGGACCAUUGAGUGGGCCGAUACCGUCUCUAAACUUGAUCCUAAGUCAUAUACCGUUAAGGUUUUGUAUUCUCUUUCUCUCAAUGUUUGA